GAUUGACAGCUGAAGGUCGAGGUUCGAUUCGAGGAGAUACAAGCAAGCAAACAGAAGAGGAUAUUUUCUCCACUCGACCAUCUUAUCAAAAACUUUCUAUAUUUCAGGUUCAUGAUGUCUCUAACUUAAUCUUUCUAGGUCUAUUCUUAUAAAAGAUUCACAGUAAAUAAUAUUCUAUUACUAAUCUACCUCUUGUAUUAAACUAGGCUUCUUCCAAUUGAGGUUAUUUAUUGUAAUUGUAAAAUUAAAAGUCAUUGACUAUUACAAAGAAACACACAAAUAAAAAAUGUUUUGUUGGGGCAACGGAACUCAUCACGAAUUGUGCAUAGAAACUUCAGACAAUAUUGAUUUGGUUAUAAAACCGACUCUAUCAAAAUGGAAAGAAAGCACUCACAUUUGGUCUGUGACUGCUGGGGAGUUUCAUGCACUCUACCUCACACAAGGUGGUCAUCUUUAUUCCUGUGGAAGCAAUGAAGUUGGUCAGCUAGGGCGUCACACUGAGAAAGAUGGAAAAUCUCCAGGAUUAGUUGAAAAAUUCAAAGAAUUCAAGAUUUUGACAGUGGCAUGUGGAAUUCAACAUUCUCUGGCAGUAAAUGAAUGGGGAAUCCCAUACGGCUGGGGAUGCAACAGCAUGGGGCAACUUGGAGUUGAUGUAUCUGACAUGCAUUCACAAAAUGUGCCUUGUGUUGUAAAGGGUUUAGCGACCAAACAUGUUAUUCAGAUUGCAUGUGGUUUUUAUCAUUCUGUUGCAUUAACUAUUAAUGGAGAUCUUUAUUCAUGGGGAGCAAACAGUUAUGGUCAAUGUGGCCUGGGAACAAUGACGAACAAAGAAAUGAAACCACAACAAAUUACAUCAUUGUAUGGUGUACCUAUUGCACUGAUAGCUUGUGGUAGCAAUCAUACAUUUGUCUUAUCAAAAUCUGGUGCCGUUUUUGGGUGGGGGAAAAAUUCUCAUGGACAAUUAGGCCUACAGGACAAAGAAAACAGAUGUUAUCCUGUUCAUUUAAAGACAUUGCGUAAUGUCAAAGUUUGUCACAUUGCAUGCGGAGAAGAUUUCACUGUGUUUUUGACACUAGAUGGAGGUGUAUUUACAUGUGGUGUUGGUGAAUAUGGACAAACAGGGCAUGGCACAACUAGAGAUGAAUUGGUUCCAAGGAAGGUAAUGGAACUAAUGGGCAGUACAGUGACGCAAGUGGCGUGCGGUCGCAGACACGUGCUGUGCCGCGUGGGCGACCGCAUCCUGGCCUGCGGGUACGGGGCGCGCGGCCAGUUGGGCUGUCGGCGGAUUUCCUUCGCUUUGGUGCCUACCCCCGUCACUUUCACGCCUAGCGACGAUUCUCCGUUUUCGCCAGAAAUUCUCGGCGGACCUAUCAAAGUGUUUGCGGGCUUCGAUCACAGUUUUCUAGUCACAAACUGUGAAAGGGCGACGGCAGACUUCCGCAUACCAGAUCCAAAUAAACAAAUUCUAACAUUAAACUUGACAAAAUUGCAUUCCUGUGAAUCUUAUAAGGAUAGUGACGUAGUAAACCAAGACUUAAUGGCUUACUUAGAGACAGCAUUUGGCUCAUUAGCAUGCAUCAAUGGAUCGUUUUUGUUACCGAAUAAUGCGCAUUUCGGCUGCAACACAAAAACGCCGGGUGUGGAUUUGAAACAAGCUGAAGAAGCGUUUUCGGUCAUUAGCCGGUACGAAAACUCCUCAAUAAAGGAUAUUAUAUUCAACCACCUGACUGAGAACAUAUUGAAAAAGAUGAAAGUAUCGCCUCCAGACGUUGAAGCGCUUAGAUUGUUCCUGAUAUUGCCUCUUUAUCACGAGAUGAGGAACCCUAGGCGACAUACUGAGUUACAGGGUCCUUUUGCUGAGGCAUUUAACAACUUAUCAGUUCUACCUCAGCAAAUAGUGCAGCGGUGGUGGGAGGCGCAGCCGGCGGAGUAUUUUGAAAUGCUAGUUGAUAUAUUCAAGAGUGUCAUAGUGUACGAACUAAUGCAACCUGUAGUUCAGGCCAAUAAGAAAAUUUAUUUCACACAUAGUAUAAUACAGAUAUUGAACGCGUUGUCAUCGUUAAAUAAAAUUAACUUCACUAAUCCAAAGAAACCUAAGAUAGCAGCAGAAUUUUUCUACAUAGAAGAUUUAUGUAAUUACGUCGACAUAGCUACAGAUUACAUCAAUUGGAUAACCGAUAAAGGCGCGACGCAGCCUCACAUGUGUAACUAUCCGUUCCUAUUCGACGUCCAAUGCAAAUCUCUUCUCCUGAAGAUUGACCAGCAACUACAGAUGCAAAUGGCCAUUAACCGGGCCGCCACUCAGAUGUUCACACGACUCAUAAUCGACCCCACGUACGAGUACCACACACAAGACCAGUUCUUGAACUUGACAGUUUCAAGAAAUCAAUUAGUUAGAGACACGAUGCUGCAAAUCAGUAAUCAUGAUAGCUCACAGCUCAAGAAGCCUUUAAGGAUAACAUUUGAAGGCGAAGAAGCCGAGGACGCGGGCGGGGUGAGAAAGGAAUUCUUCUUGUUACUUUUGAAAGAAAUAUUUGAUCCGGUUUAUGGCAUGUUUAAACAGUCGGAGGAGACCAACAUGAUUUGGUUCUCGAACAACCCCUUUGAAGAUGAAGUAAUGUAUUAUUUAAUAGGUGCAAUCUACGGCCUAGCGAUAUACAACUCUAUAAUAAUUUACGUUCCGUUUCCCCUGGUGCUGUACAAGAAGUUGUUGGGCGAGUCCGUCAUGUUGGACGACCUCACAGACUUAUAUCCGACACUGGCUAAUAGUUUGAAGAGCCUUUUAGACUAUCCGGAUGAUGAUGUUGAAGAAGUAUUUAGCCUCUGCUUCGCUGUGAAUACGGAAGUGUUCGAUCAAAUAGAAGUUCAUUCACUGAAAGAGGACGGCGUAAAUUUGCCAGUUACGCACGAGAACAAAGCGGAGUACGUUGAGUUGUAUGUGGAUUUCUUGUUGAACAAAUCCGUGGAAAAUCAGUUUAGGGCUUUCAAUCAGGGUUUCCAAAAGGUAUGCGGCGGCAGCAUAAUAAAGUUGUUCAGAUCUCACGAGCUGAUGUCGGUGGUGAUCGGCAACGAGGAGUAUGACUGGGACGUGUUCGAGAGCAAUUGCGAGUACAAGAACGGUUUCUCUUCGUCUGACCCUCAAGUGCGGUGGUUCUGGGAAGUGUUCCAUGAGUUGUCAAUUGAAGACAAAAAAAAGUUCCUAUUAUUUUUAACAGGAAGCGAUCGAGUGCCGAUUCAAGGCAUGAGAGACAUAAAAAUACGAAUCCAACCCGUCGCAGACGACAGAUACUUCCCCGUGGCCCACACCUGCUUUAACCUGUUAGAUCUACCGCGAUACAAGACCAAGGAGCGACUCAAGUACCACCUCCUCCAAGCCAUACAACAAACACAGGGAUUCUCGCUCGUUUGAGCAAAAACAAGUAUAGUUAUUAUUACUCAAUAAAUUUUCAAAGUAUAAGAUUCGCGCUUCAUAUCGGAUUACGCGAGCGUGCAUGAGAUGUUUUGCUUUUGGGCUUUUAUGACAAUGGGCAAUGGAAUCGGAAAUCUUAAACAAGUAAAGAUUUAGUGAUUCAUCAUAAUAACUCUUGUGUGGAUUUUCGGAGUUAAUAGCGGUUAUUAUGUAACUAAUUGCCUUCUUAGUUUCUGUAUAAUUCAUAUUGCAAUUCAAUCCAUUCCAUGCACGUUCGUGUUUUGAAACUACACAUAUACUGGCGAUCAAUUUGUUAUCCGCCCAAAUAAAGACUGAAGUUACCAAUAGCUAGGGACUGUAUUAUUACAAAUAACAAAAACAUGCUCUUUGCUACUCUCCAAAAUUAUACAUCGAUAUUGGCCUUUCCACGAUUAUUGUACUCUUAUUUCAUUGUAGGUAUAUGAGGAAAAAUAAUUUUGAUUAAACUAAAUGUAAAAGUACAAUAUAAUAUCUACCCGUUUUCGUGUCAAUAUGCAGUCCCUGCCAAUUUCAGAGUUGAUGUGUUGCUAGAUAUAAUCGAAUUGAAAUUAUAAUAUCACACUAUUUUUGCAACGCUUGCCAUUUGCUCAAUAGUUAUAUAUGUAUUAUUUCAUAAUUUAUGAGUGAUGAUAACUUAGUCGUAAUAAUCCAUUAUAGUCAUAGCUGAAAAUAUCAUAUGCUAAGUUGUAUAAUGAUUUGAAAGCCGAUAUGUUCUAUAAGAUCAUGAUGCAUAAAUACAGCCAAUGUACAAUAAAUCCACUCAAGUGAUAAAAACUUCAUAAGAAGAUUCAACUGACUUAAAAAUUGGUUUUUAAAGUAGAUAAAAGCUUUGCAGUCUUUAUUUGCAUUUUCACGUUUUCGAGACGUUUUCAAGAGUAUAUCUUACAAUACGCAUGCGCGUAUACUGACAUCCCCACUCUCAAAUAGGUAUUAGUUUGAAUUUGUUGAGACUUAAAUUGAUUGUUGAAUUUUGGUGUCAAUCCUUUAUAAUGAUGUCAGACUUAAUUAACGAGUAUCUCUUUGAAUUUACGAUAAAAUUGUAAAUACGUGACUCGUAAAAAAAUACAUAAAGACGAUGUGUGUAUUGAAACAUAUUUUAAAACAAUUACCGUUUUAAAUCUCAGAAUAUAUAAGAAUACGUGGUAUUGAGACGCGUUAAUCUUAGCUAAAGGUACAAAAUCUUCAACAUCAUUCAACAUUACAUCGCUUACCUAAAAUCAAUAAAUUGUGUGCAUUAUUUUUUAGUACCUUAUUGUGAACCAAUGUGUAAGUGAUCGGAAAUUAAAUACUUUUUGUUAUUAUAGAUCAUGUCGCUAAUAAAACAAGGCGGGUGUUGUCUCCUGUUAGCUAAAUACUCAAAAAUCAUACAUUCAUCAAGUCUUUGUCCCUUACGCGGCAAACAGAGCCAACAUUCUUGAAAAGACAGAAAGACCACUUUCAACUGUAAAGCUUUAAUGAAGAUCAACAAUAUGAUUAUUUUACAUCAUAUGGUACGAGUUCUCUAUAUGUUUUUACAUUUAUUAAAGGGCCAUUUUGUAUUUUAACUAAAUGAAAAUAAAUAGUAAAUUGUUAAUAUAGUAAAUUAAUAACAUUUUUGGAUUGUUAACAAUAAGUGUUUCACGAGUAGAAUUUGGUAAAACAUUAUGUCAUAGUUACCAAUAAAUUAUGGUUAAGAUUUAUUGGCAUGCCAGGCAUGCCAAUAAGGUAUGCCUUUACUUUUGACAUUUCAAAUGCAUGUUAUUAUGAAAUUUAUAUAUAUAGGUUCUCGUUUUAAAUAAAUAAUAUUCAUCCGAAAGUUUGAGUAUAUGUGUAGCCGUCAUUAAUCGAUGACGGUUACACAUAUACUCACACUUUCGUAGUUACUUUUGACAAUUUGAGCCUAAACAUAAACCCGUCACUUUGAAAAAUCUGUUUGUUGUAUAAUUUUUUUUUAAUUUCAGAGGAAAACUACAACAAACUAAAGUACGAUUUUACAUACAUUAUACUCUCCUUACGUUUUGCCAUAGUCGUGUAAUUACUUAUUUUUAUUGUAGUAACAAUCUUUUUUCGCAUUCAUUUCGCAUUUUGGUACUCUGUACGUUUUAACCGAUCAAUGGAAUCAAAAGUUGUGUUGUUUGAUAUUGAAUCAUUUUAUGACUUGUGUUGUUAAAAAGUUUUUAUUUGUAUUUUUCUGACUUUUCAUUUGCAUUUAAUCGGAUAUUAUCGAACUAUUUUACAAUUUGAGGCUGUUUGUCUAUCAAAUAAUGUUUGAUUUUAUAAUACACAACUGUAUUAUAGUUCGUAUACUUAAAUAUUUUGGAAUUCACAUACAAAGGUCUACACAUUUUUGAUAGACAUGCACUCUUAAAGUUUGCGAAUUUAAUUUGUUUGGACAGUGUCCUAGCCUAUAUGCUGUAUAUAUAAUGGUUACUUCUGUGAUAUUAAGAAUACGUCAGCGACUCAUGAGUGACAAUAGGCUUUUUAUAGUUGAUGUUGGUUUGUUAUAGUCGCGCAGUGGGAUACACGUUAUUUUAUUUCAUAGAAUGAAAGCUAAUUACAAUAAAAAUUCUCAUUAUUCGUUAAACCAUCUCAUGCUAACUAUCUAUAUAAAUAAUUGUGUUAUCUGAAAUAUGACUUGUUUUGCAAAUAAAUAAAAUCUAUCAAAGUGAAGGUGAAGUUAGACAGGGAAAAAUCAAGACGGUAAUUUAUGUAUAAAUAUAUGAAAAAAACAGGCAUAGAAAAUACUACACAGUAUAGGCUAAAUUGAUAUUGUAUUUUGAUAAUAAUUUAUAUACGCAAAAUAUCCCAUUGCGUAGAUUUUGUAAAUAUACAUUAGCUUGGCUAGUUCGCUGUUAUUGUUCCAACCAUUGUGCACUGACCAGCUGGCGCGGAUUGCACGUACUGUAUGUAUUGUAUGAUAAUAUAGUAU